UUCAUGGAUUUUAGCAUCCAUUGAACCUCAUAUGGUGAACAGCUUACGUUCAUUUAAUACUGCAAAGGAGAUAUGGAAUUUUCUGAAACGCAUAUAUCAUCAACACAACACUGCAAGACGAUUUCAGCUUGAACUUGAUAUCAGUAAGUUCAGUCAAGGAGGCCUUAGCAAGCUUUCAAAAAGUUCAUCAAGUUAGCAUGCGUGAUCAGUUUUUGAUGAAACUGAGGCCAGAAUUUGAGACUGCUCGGGGUGGAUUGCUGAAUCGAAAUCCAGUUCCUUCUUUGGAUGUGUGUGUUGGUGAAUUGUUACGGGAAGAACAAAGAUUGGCUACACAGUCAAUUCUAAGUGCAGCUGGUGGGACAUCAGAGGUUGUCAAUGUUGCUUAUGCUGCACAAGGAAGGAAUAGAGGAAAGGGACAAAUGCAGUGCUACAGCUGCAAGGAGUUUGGCCAUAUUGCUCGCAAUUGUGGUAAGAAAUUCUGCAGUUACUGUAAGCAAAGUGGACAUAUUCUAAAGGAAUGUCCUACACGUCCCGAAAACAGGCGAGCCCAAGCUUUUCAAGCUACUGUUCCAGAUGCUCCUGUUAUUGGUCCUACAUCUACCACCAGCCAGACUGCUCUGACCCCAGAAAUGGUCCAGCAGAUGAUUCUUACUGCAUUUUCUGCCCUUGGACUUCAAGGUCAAGGACCAGAUGUCGGGGAAGGUAAUCGCGAAGGGGCCUAGAGUGGGAAGAUUAUUUCCAUUGCAAUUUACUAUUCCUAGAACUUUAUCUUUAGCCUCUAUGAUUGUUGACAAUAAGGCUGAAAUUUAGCAUAGACGAUUGGGUCAUCCAAAUAAUGUCAUUUUAUCUGAUUUAAUAAAGCGUGGUUUUCUUGGUGCUAAAGAUCAAGGUUUUGCUCAUGCAUCAUCUCUUGGUUGUUCUGUGUGUAAAUUGGGGAAGAGUAAGAUGUUACCUUUUCCUACUUCUGUUGGUUGUGCUAGUGCAUGCUUUGAGAUAAUACAUAGUGAUGUUUGGGGUAUUACUCCUGUCAUUUCACAUGCGCAGUAUAAAUACUUUGUGACAUUCAUUGAUGACUAUAGUCGGUUCACAUGGAUAUAUUUCCUGCGCACUAAAGCUGAGGUGUUUACUGUUUUUCGAACCUUUGUGGCUUACAUUGAGACACAGUUUUCCACUUGUAUUAAGAUCUUACGGUCUGAUAAUGGUGGGGAAUAUGUGUCACAUGACUUCCAAGCCUACUUGCAACGCAAAGGGAUUGUAUCUCAGAGAUCAUGUCCUUAUACCCCUCAACAAAAUGGGGUG